AUGGACGGAAUGUCCUUCGCUGGCGAAGGGUCGCGCAGCGCAGCGGGGAGCCAUAUGAAUACCCGGCACAGUCCGAUACAACUGAUUUCCGACGAUACAGCGGAGCCUUUCGGGGAUUCAGAUGCCGGACCGAGUCGCCAUAUGCUGGACAAUAAACCGGGGUUUCUGGACUGGUCUACAGAAGCUCCCGGGCAGAGAGUCGCAUACGAUGAUCUUACUGCGAUAGACUGGAUUCACGAGUAUACGAUUGAGCAGCUACGGUUACGGAUUCUUCGCGGUGGAGGGGGGAUUACGACGUACUUUAGGGUACUUGCGGAUGCUAGUCAGGCUUGGAUUGUUCUCAUCCUUUCUGGCUUGGCCGUUGGGUUUAUUGCUGCCACGAUAGAUAUCGCCGGAAACUGGCUAGCUGAUGUAAAAACCGGUGUCUGCACAACUUCAUUUUAUCUAAACCACUCGUUCUGCUGCUGGGGUCUUCAAUCGACGGAGCAAUGCAAAGACUGGGUCACGUGGGGACAUUUACUCCACGUCGGGCCUGCCGGUGGGAUCACAUUUGCUCUGUCUGCAUGUUUUUUGGUUCUAGAAUAUGCCCCAUAUGCUCGCCAAAGCGGUAUACCCGAGAUAAAAACUGUUUUGGGCGGGUUCGUCAUUCGUCGAUUUAUGGGCGGAUGGACCUUACUUAUAAAGUCGCUCGGCUUAUGUCUAUCGGUCGCCUCAGGCUUAUGGCUUGGAAAAGAAGGCCCCUUGGUGCAUGUGGCUUGCAGCUGUGCCAAUAUCCUCAUGAAGCCGUUCCAUUCCAUUAGUCGAAAUGAAGCCCGUAAGCGAGAAAUCCUAUCAGCAGCGGCGGCUGCCGGGAUAUCAGUAGCUUUUGGGUCACCAAUUGGAGGCGUGCUGUUCAGUUUAGAGCAGGUUUCGUACUACUUCCCAGAUAAAACGAUGUGGCAGAGCUUCGUUUGUGCUAUGGUGGCGGCUGUGACCCUGCAGUUUAUGAACCCAUUUAGGACGGAAAAAUUGGUCAUGUACCAAGUUAUAUUCACCCGAGGGUGGCAUGAUUUUGAACUAGUCCCAUUUUGUAUUUUGGGCAUUAUGGGGGGACUAUACGGUGGUCUCUUCAUUAAAGUCAAUAUCUUUAUAGCCGGAAUUCGAAGGAGGACCUGGGUAAAAUCUUUCCCGGUUCUCGAAGUCUUCGUUGUUGCCCUCGCGUCGGCUCUAAUAAAUUAUCCAAAUGUGUUCAUGCGAGUUCAAGUCUCUGAACUUGUUGCCAAUCUCUUUCAAGAGUGCAGUGCUACAAAUGACGAUAUUUUGGACAUUUGCCAAGACGGGAAAACUGCAGGUCCAGUGUCGCUGCUGAUCUUAGCCUCCGUGCUAGGGAUGAUCCUUGCUUCAUUUACAUUUGGGCUUCAGAUUCCUGCCGGAAUCUUACUCCCUUCCAUGGGAAUUGGCGCCCUGUACGGACGAGCCAUGGGGAUGGUUGUUCAAGUCUGGCAGAGAAAUAAUCAUACGGCUUGGAUGUUUGGGUCCUGUAAACCAGAUGUUCAAUGUAUCACACCCGGUGUCUACGCAAUUGUAGGAGCUGCAUCGGCUGUCGGAGGCGUUACUCGAAUGACCGUUUCCAUCGUUGUUAUUAUGUUCGAGUUGACAGGGGCGCUGACCUAUGUACUACCUAUCAUGGUGGCAGUAUUAAUCAGCAAAUGGGUUGGGGACGCAUUCGAUCGCAAAGGAAUCUACGAAGCAUGGAUUAAUUUCCAAGAGUACCCAUUCUUAGAUAACCGCGAAGAACCUGUACCCGACCUCCUUGUUUCGCAGGUCAUGACAAGGGUUGAGGAUAUCGUUAUGAUUGAGGCGACUGGUCAUACAAUUGCAUCCCUAGAUGAUUUACUUCACACUCAACCUUACAAAGGAUUCCCCGUUGUGGCAGAUGCUAGGGAUGCCUUGCUUCUAGGCUACAUUUCUAGAACCGAGCUUCGAUACGCCAUCGACAAGGCUAAGAAUUUACCUCGAACAACGGAAUGCCACUUCGGGGGCUCGGCCUUGAUUGGAACUGUGUCCGAGAAUUCUCUGGACAUGCGGCCAUGGAUGGAUCAUACGCCUAUGACGCUUCCAGCGAGAAGCUCGUUGAUGCUUGCAACGUCCUUAUUCCAAGAUCUUGGGCUGAGGUAUCUGCUAUUCCAGUAUCAUGGACAAUUGCAAGGAUUAAUGACAAAGAAAGAUGCAUGGUUCAUCCUGAAUUCAGUGAAGGAUGAGAAGAGGUUCGUACACGCGACAAGGGAUAGAUUCACUGAGGAUGUAAACUCUACGAACUUUAUAUCUUCCAGUUGA